GCCGGGUGAGAGUUGAAGGGUUGGUCAGAUUCUCUGUCACACACGCAGCGAGCCAGGACUCGGCUUUAUCUGGACUUUUCCUUCCAUCGCUAGCAGAUCCACUCAUGAUCCGUCUAAGUAGAGUGCCGGCUGUGAAGUAGCCUUGUGGGCUCAUUACGUGAUGGGGGGCAGGUGACAGCAGCUGAGAAUGCCCCUGACUGAUAAGCUGCGUGAGAAGAUAUCGCAGGCCUUCUACAGCCAUGGGUUGCUGUGCGCCUCCUACCCCAUUCCCAUCAUCAUCUUCACUGCACUCUGCAUCCUGGCCUGCUGUUACCCUUUGCUGAAGCUUCCUCUGCCUGGAACGGGACCAGUUGAAUUUAGCACCUCUGUGAAAGACUACACCCCUCCUCCAGCAGAGGUUGUUCCAGGGGAUAUCAGCGAGCAUCCUGAUUGGUAUACUGGGUUUCCUGUGGCCUAUGUACAGCAAGUUCUGGUGAAAGCUGUUGUGUCUCCGUGGGACAAGAACUUUCUGGCUGUGGAUGUGUUUCGUUCCCCGCUGUCUCGAGUAUUUCCAUUGGUGGAGGAGAUAAGGAAUCAUGUUAUGAGAGAAAGUUCUGGUGAGAAGAGCCUGGAAGACUUGUGCUUGCAGGUCACAGACCUUGUGCCUGGCUUAAAAAAGCUCCGUGACAAGCUACCUGAACAUGGCUGCCUGUUAUUAUCACCUGCUAACUUCUGGCAGAACAGCCGGGAACAAUUCAGCCGCGAUCCAGACCUCAUACGAACUAUUCAGCAGCAUGAACCCAAAACCUUGCAGACUUCCGCAACACUCAAGGAUUUGCUCUUUGGUGUCCCAGGAAAACAGAGUGGAGUCAGUCUGUACAACCGCAAGAGGAUUGUAUCUUACACCGUGACUUUGGCACUGCGCAAAUAUGAUGCCAAAUUCUUGAGCAGUCUGAGAUCCCGUCUCAGAAAGCUUCAUCCUAACACAAACUGCACAGUCAAAGGGGAACACAUAGUCCACGUACAUUUUAAAGAGGAGAUUGGAAUUGCAGAACUCAUCCCUUUGGUCACUACGUAUAUCAUCCUUUUUGCAUAUAUCUACUUCUCCACAAGAAAGAUUGACCUGGUGAAAUCCAAGUGGGGUUUGGCUCUGGCUGCAGUGGUGACUGUUUUAAGCUCCCUACUGAUGUCUGUGGGUCUCUGCACUCUCUUUGGUCUCACGCCGACGCUGAAUGGCGGGGAGAUUUUUCCCUAUCUGGUGGUUGUCAUUGGUCUUGAGAAUGUUCUGGUUUUGACUAAAUCGGUUGUAUCGACUCCUGUUGACCUUGAGGUUAAACUCCGGAUAGCUCAAGGCCUUAGCAACGAGAGCUGGUCUAUUAUGAAGAACAUGGCAACCGAGCUGGGAAUAAUUCUGAUUGGUUACUUCACACUGGUGCCUGCUAUCCAGGAGUUUUGUCUUUUUGCUGUAGUUGGGCUGGUGUCUGACUUCUUCCUUCAGAUGUUCUUCUUCACUACGGUUCUUUCCAUUGACAUUCGGAGGAUGGAGCUAGCCGAUCUGAACAAGAGAAUGCCAGCAGAGGCCUGCAUGCCUUCUGCCAAGGUGGUUUCACGGAAUCAAAGGUAUGAGCGUCAACCAGCUCUAAGACCUGCCACACCCCACACCAUCACUCUGCAGCCGUCGUCUUUCAGAAACCUGCGUCUGCCCAAAAGACUCCGCCUCAUUUAUUUCUUUGCCAGGACAAGGCUUGCCCAAAGAAUCAUCAUGGCUGGGACUGUGGUCUGGAUCGGGAUCCUUGUUUAUACUGACCCUGCUGGCCUGCGCACAUACCUAACAUUUCAAGUCACAGACCAAAGCCCCUUAGGUGGCGAAGUGAUGCCCCCAAUCCCUGUGCCUGUUCUGCCUGUUUCUGAUCCCCAGAGUGCUCUGUCAGUUUUCCCUACGGGCUCCUCCCAACUUCUAGAGAACCAGUCACAACAAAGAGACCGGAAAGAGAUGCUGGAUACCUUGAGAGGAUCGUUGGAAGGAAGCCCUGGUGUAUGGGGAGAUGGGACAGAGGAAGACCACAGCAAGUCAAAACCAGAGAACAGAGAGGACCGGGCUCACACUGAGGUCACCUGGGGACCAGGAGAUGAGGAGACUUGGAGGAAACUAUCCUACAGACACUGGCCCACACUAUUCAGCUACUACAACAUUACUCUGGCAAAAAAGUACAUCAGCAUUCUACCCAUGAUCCCCAUUACAAUCUACCUGACUCCCCAAGAAGUUUCUGAAGAAAGGCAUCCCAGCGAGAAUCAGCACUCGUACCCUUUUCUCCCACAGCGGGAUGGGCGCCUAGAGGAAGGCUGGGGUGGUGGUGAGGGCAAGGCAGCCGAAUCACCACCUAAAGCUCGCGGACCUGAAGAUGUCACCUUGUACAAAGUUGCUGCUCUGGGCUUGGCUUCCGGUAUUCUUCUUGUCCUGCUGUUCUUCUGUCUGUACCGACUGCUGUGUCCUAAAAACUAUGGCCAGAAUGGCCUUUCCCACAGCCGGAGGAAAAAGGGUGAGCUACCCUGCGAUGACUAUGGUUAUUCCCCUCCUGAGACCGAGAUUGUGCCUCUUGUGCUGCGAGGUCACCUGAUGGAUAUUGAGUGUUUAGCCAGCGAUGGAAUGUUGCUCGUCAGCUGCUGUUUGGCUGGUCAGAUCAGAGUAUGGGAUGCUCAGACUGGAGACUGCCUAACUGUCAUUCCCAAGCAGAGGCUACGCAGAGAAAGCAGUGGGAUUUUUGAAUACCAGGAAUGCUGGGAACAAAUGUCUGAUUACAAGGAGGAUUCUCUUGAUACUUAUCCGGUAAAAAGGAGGCUGACUCCUCUAUUUUAUGAUCAGCCAGACCUUUCCAGUCUGAUAGAUACAAACUUCUCAGAACAGGUCAAUCAAGAGGACCCCGGGGCCCGACAGAGGUUGGCCUGCAUCAAGCAGGAGAGAGACCCUGGGGGAUAUGACUUUAGUAGUCUUGUUCAGAAGGCCUUUGAGGAGAAUGGAGCACCCACUUUGGGAACCUCUCCUGUUUUUUCCCCCACCCUAUAUGGACGCUGCCAGUCAUCAGGCAGGCGUAGCCGGUCACCAGGGGACUCUGUGGAUGAGAGAUGUACCCCGAUUAGACGGAAGAGCUCUGGUGAAGAGACCUAUUACUGUAAUGGGACAAUCUCGCCCGUUUCUGGCUGGGCAGAGGAUUUUGAAAGCUCUGUUUGGAGUUUGGGCCUACAGGGAAACCUGAUAGUAGCUGGAAGGAGUAAUGGAAACUUAGAGAUUUGGGAUGCCAUAGAGGGAACCUUGCGCUGCAGUAACUGUGACGGGCAGAGUGGUAUAACAGCACUGGUGUUCUUGAAUCACAGGAUUGUGGCAGCAAGACUCAAUGGUUCCCUGGAUCUAUUCUUUCUGGAUGCCCAUAAGUCCACUAGCCAAGUACAGUUUAGAGGAACAGCUAACAGAAGCAACAUCCCCAGCUCUCCCUUGUAUAGCACUGAUGAUGUCAUUGUGUGUAAGCUGACGCACACGGUGACUUGCGCACACCAGAAGCCAAUCACAGCACUAAAGGCUGCAGCUGGCCGUCUGGUGACCGGGAGCCAAGACCACACUCUGAGAGUGUACCGUCUGGAGGACGCAUGCUGCUUAUUCACGCUGCAGGGACACUCGGGAGGUAUCACUGCGGUUUAUAUCGAUGAGACAAUGGUACUUGCCAGCGGGGGGCAAGAUGGAGCCAUUUGCCUAUGGGACGUUCUCACUGGCAGCAGAGUUAGCCAUAUGUAUGGGCACCGUGGUGAUGUCACUUCCUUGACCUGCACUUCUUCCUGUGUGAUCAGCAGUGGGCUAGAUGAUGUCAUCAGCAUAUGGGACCGGAGCUCAGGGAUCAAACUGUACUCCAUUCAACAGGACUUGGGCUGUGGCUCCAGCUUGGGCUUGAUCUCAGACAACCUGUUGGUGACGGGUGGACUAGGUUGUGUCUCAUUCUGGGAUAUUGGCUAUGGGGACCUGUUGCAGACAGUCUAUCUCGGGAAGUGUGAGGAAGCCCAGCCUGCUCGGCAAAUACUUGUCCUGGACAAUGCAGCUAUAGUCUGUGACUUUGGCAGUGAGCUCAGUCUAGUGUACGUCCCUUCUGUGCUUGAGAAGCUGGACUAAGAUAGACUUGCUGGACCCAAAGUUCAGCUUCAAAACGAACCUUUACAAUGGUGAAAUGUGAUACCCAAUGCGGUUAAUAUGUCACCGAAAGUCAGGCUACAACCUUUUUAAAUAUGUUUUACUUCCAAUGGAAUUAUACUAAAUUAAGCUCCCACCUUCCCUGGUACAAUACCAGCCGGUUUCCUCUUCCUUUGUAACAGUUUAUAAGUUACUAAAGAGGUUAAAGAGUUUUGUACUGUUCCAGGAUAAGAAGCCCAAAAGAUUCAAAAUGAAUCAGUAGCACUUCAUUCUCAUAAAUGGAAUUGCACAUGAAAUAUAUAUUAGGAAGAGAAUAAAGUAGCUGAAUAGUAGAUGUGUUGUCACUAUGGACGCUUAGAGGUAUUUCUUAAAGGAUGUAGCUCGUCUUUAACAGUACAGAUUCCUUCCUGGCAGGUGCACAGCAGAUACGAAUAUAAGAAGCCCAGCUGCGUUGUUUUGUUGCACUGUCAUAUUAAAUGGACAUUAAACCUAAAUGUUUUCUUUCGUGAUUCAGUUAGAGAAUACCAUUUUAAACAACUUUCUAAUUUACUAAUUUGCUUCAUUCUCUUGAUAUUCUUUCCUAAAAAGCAUAUAUAGGCUCAGUAGCUUCUGAUUGGUGCACAUUAAUGCAACGUGAUUGGCUCACCCAUGUGCAUUGCUAUUUCUUUAACAAAAUAUAUUUAAAGAUUGCAGCAAAUUAAAUAAUAGAACUAAAUUGGAAUUGUAAUGGAAUUGUUUUCUCUAUCAUGAAAGAAAAAAUUUGGGUUUAAUGGCCCUUUAAGAGGCAAAAUAAGAAAAAAAAAAGUUUGAUCUGUAUAACGCUAUAUAGUGUAUUUCAUUUCAAAAUUCCCCUUUUUUAUGGCACAAAACAGCCUGAGUUUUCCCUGGUACCAGCAGAACGAGUUUUUUGCUGGAAUAAAUAAUGUGCACGUUUGUAUUUGCCUUUCACUGCUAGACCAUCCUCUUAAAAUUGGCUUAGGGUUGGUUCCAAAUUAGUUUACAUGGUGCUCCAUCAAAAGUGAAUGUUCCAAAUUGUUCUACAGAACUUUUUGUCUGUCUGCGCUGUCCCUAUCGGCUACUGAGCAGCCCCAAGACUCCUGUAAUAUUCACUUUACAUAUAACAGCUUCUACUUAAUCUUAUAUUUCAUGUAUAAAUAUUUUAGCAUCAACUGAUGCUUUUUCAUAUACAUGAUAGAAAAAUGUUCAGUACUGUAUGAUCCUUUAAUAGAAAGUAAUUUGUUUCAAGCAGAAAAUGCAGAGUCCUUUUAAUGGCUGCAGCCCCUAAAAUCAAAAUGAUUGUGAAUAGUUGGGGGUUUUUUUGACACCAGUAUCAACUAAAACUAUUUCUGCAUCACUGAUUGGUUUUAAAAAUAUACAGCCCCUAAUGCCUCAUCUGUAUCCUGCCAGGAAUGGGUCACAAGUGGAACAAACUGCUGAUUUAUGUCAAGUCUAACUUGCAUCACGGUAUAAAAAUAAUAUUUUUGGUAAUGGUUAUAAUUUAUUUUGAUGUAGAUUUUAUGCUUUUUAGGGCUUUACAAGAAAGAAAAUAAGAUGUUAAUUUGUACAGUGUUAGUGUUUUUAUUAUGAUUUUAGAUUUUUUAUUUAGUUUUUCUUAUUUUUCCAACAGAAAGCAGCUUACCAAUACAUUUUUCAGACGUAUUGGAACCUUAGAUGCAGUUAUCAAAUAUUUUUGUCUUCUGGCAUCCAUUUUUAUACUAAACAAAGGGUAUUUGCAUUAGAAAUGUAUUAAUAAUCUCUUGUUUAUUCAUAUGGUUAUGAAGCCGCACUUCAAAAUACUCAAAACUACACCAGUAUUUUUCCAGGGCUUACAAAGUAUACUUAGUGUGAAAAAGAUUUUUAUUUUUUUUAAUGCUAAAUUUAUAAAUGAAAUGUAAAUCUUCUGGAAAGUCAGCUGGUCAUUUUCAGCACAGCAGUGGUGUUUAUCAGCAUUUCUACUGUGUAUUUGAUUGUUCUAAAACACAGAUCUUCCUUUUACUAGAAGUGAACAAAAAUCCUUGUCCAGUUUUUUUUAUAUUAAAUAUUUAUAUCUCAAAACCUGGAAUUUAAUUAGACGAUAACUUUUAAACCUCCUAUUUGACUAAUAUAAUAGUUGUAUGAAAGUCCAGUUGGGCUGGGAGCUCGGUUUUUAGUGCCAGUGCACCAAGGACAAGGUUAUCAUAUUCAUGUUUUGUUUCCUACUGUUUCAAACCUUAUGUUACAUUUCCAUUCAAAUUUCUGAUUGGCUCUAACUCCAGUAAUCAAAAAAAAACGUCUCAUCACA